AUAUAAAAGCCGUUAUGAUCUUCCUCCCAGAUCAUAACGGUCUGAGUUUAACAGACACGCAGCGUCUUUUCCUCCGCGAAGUUUCCAUUUGUUUGUUUGUUUUUCUGCACUUUUCUCCAAAGAUGAACAGAAUCGCUUUCAUCUUCGUCGUGGGUCUCGCCUUUGCAGUCGCUUCCUCGUCUCGCUGCUUCCUGCUUCUAAAUUUGUAACAAAUACAACACGGAAAUGUUUUACCAUGGAAAGUCCCAAACCGAGUUUCAUCUUGAGCUCAUCGGUCAAAACCUUCAAUGCUACAAAUGUACACUCGGAUUGUGGAACGUCUGCUACACCACAAAAAUCACAUGUGAUGCCGGGCAGCGCUGCUUCAGCGGCGAAGGGGGAUCAGGUGAAGUGAAAAUCAAAAUGAAGGGAUGCCUUGAUGUAGCAAAAUGCGACAAGACGGAGAACGUGAACUUGCCCGGCACCUCCAACACCACCGUCUACUCCAUGACCAAAACCUGCUGCAACGCCAACCUGUGCAACGCGGCGCCAGGCCUGCCCGGCGCCUCCGCCCUCAGCCUGGCUGCUGUCACCAUGUUUUCUCUUCUUGCAGCCAACUUCAUAAUCUAGAGAACAGCUUACAGACACAUAGUACCAUAAUACAUGUUCUAGCACUAGACCUUUGAUUUUCAUGCAUGCUUUAAAGUGAUCUUUGCAUCGUUUAAGUUCCUAAAUCCCUCAAAAACAAAAUGUUAGCUGGAAAUUAAGUUAAAUUCAAACUGAUUUGCAACACAUUUACAAAUUCUGUUUUUACAUGCAUUUCUUUACAGAUUUACUAUUGAAAUGUGAAAUGCAGUUUGUUUUUAAUGUCAUGUAUUGUUAAUUCAAAGUAAAAAGGAGCUUAAUAUGCAUUUCUUUGUCAAUUCAUUGUUAGAAACUGAAAACUUGAUCUUAAAUUUAACAUUUUCUUGACUGGUGACUUGGAAAACAGCUAGCUUGGUCGCUAGCUCACAAUGUAGAAAAAAACGCUCAUCUUUCUAUCACACAUGUGAUUCCAAGUGUUUAAGAAAGAAAACUGAGGUUAUUUUUGCAAACAAAAAGACAGAGAAGUAAUCGUCAUUCUCAGUAGCUAGCUGUUAAACAUGCUAAGCUAAGCUAAUGGCAGAUAUUGCAUAAAGUAAGAUAUUAAUUUUAAGAUUCGAAAAAGAUUUGGAAAGUAUUUCGUUCUGCUGAUUUCAAAGUAAAACAUUUCGUUUUGUAUUUCUGGGUGGUUGGUUUUGUUUUUUUUAGCUAUCUUAAAAAGGUUUAAUAAUUUUAAAAAACACAUGACUCCAUCAGUUUUAUGUAACUUCUUGAUGUUUGUGUUCGUUAUGCAUUGACAGCGGUUGAUCAGAAACUGUAGGAUGAAAGUUUUUACAUAUUUUUUUAAAGAUUUGGUCAGCAUAUUUAGGUCGCAUUUCAUUUAAAGUGUACUCAUUUAUUUACUUUUUUAUGUUGCUUUUCCUUCUGUGGAUGUUUCCUCAAUAUUUUCAAAAUCAGAAAUUUGUGUCUGACUUUAAGAUUAAAUGUUUCUUUGUAAAAUUGUUUUUGACAAAGGUGAAUAAAAUGGGAAAGGGUGA